GUACCCUACUCCUUUCCCGCACCUACUCCUCCUUCUCCUCUUCCCCAACAGCAACCAGCUUUCCAACAACCAGGUACUUCUCCAAAAAUCUCUCUUCCCACCCAGUCAUAGCGUCCAGUUCCUCCUGAUCCAGAUCGGCAAGUGUAUCCAGCGGCCCAUCCAGAUCCUUGGUCAGCAUAUCCUCGUCAAAGCUACCCUUGGCCAACCCACGGGAGGCAUCGCGGCCAGCAAAGUUGGCAUAGGGGCCGCCAGGACCAUAAAAGUUCCGUCCGCGAGUCACGUCGAAAACACGGCCCUUCACAGCGAGAUAGACGGGCAUGUUGUUCUCGCCAUUGUACGGUAGAAGUGUUCGUGGGGUGAAUGUCUUGAAGACGACUGCUGGUUCCUCCUUGGGGAGAGCGGGGGGAGGGGUUGGCCUAAGGAAGCUGUAGGUCGCAUAGAGAACAAAGAGGAGGACGAUGAUGUUGAGGGGGGUGAAGAAGGAGGAGCUGUUGCAAUGGUUGUUAGCUAGCUUCUCCAAGACGUAGGAUGGCGGGGGGAUGGUUGGGGGGGGGUGAAUGCUUACCUGGCUGAAGCGCCCUCUGCCUUGGCUGCCUCUUGGGCCACUCUCUGUUGAACGUAGUCCAUUGUGUCUGGUGUUGUCCGUAAUCUUUACGCCAAAGAAAAAAGCUAUACAAAGCAAGCUUUGAUGCUAGAAGCUAAAAGCUGGAGUUGCGGGCUGUGGCGGCGGGUUGUUCGGCUUACGGGACGGCUCUCGAAGCUCCACCGGGGCUGUCGUUGGAGUUGGGGAAGAAGUGGAGCCGCCUCGCACCAAUCGCGUAAUUCAAGUCCCGGCGGGCAGCCGGUUGCACGGGCCACAUGGAUGAGAUCUGAUUUAAGGGUGCCCCGCAUCCUCCAGGUGGGAUGCAUUGAUGCAGGGUCCAAGAAGCCAAGGGUCCAGAUGGUCAAGCAAAAGUUCGGGUUUGCUUGCAGAUGGUCUUGGUGCCUGAGCUUGUCUGGAGAUCACUGGACCAUCAGCUGCCGACGACAGCAUCUAGGGAUCAGCCGGAGGCCGCACUCGUAGACUUCUUCUUUCUCUCACGCCAUCCAUCCCAACAGAUUCACGGGAGCACCGUUAUCACCAAGACUACCAAAACCCAUGUAUGCCUGAAAUACCCACUGAAGCCACCCGGUAUCCCCAUGAGGCCAGCCCAUACCCGCGCCCUAGCCGCAUCGAACCAGGCUCCUUCUGGCCAACCAUGAGAGACAUGCAGAGCACUGCCUCAUCCCAAGGACCUGUCUCUCUCGCCAAGCCAGCCAUCCCUCGUCCAUUGGCCCCCGCAGUCAUGAAUCUUGACAGCUCCAGCUGAAGAGAUGCAUCCCCACCUUCAUUUGCAGUGGGACAUUUAUCCCUCAACGUUGGGAGAGACCAGACGUACAUAAGGGUCCUAGAUCGAACUGUUUCCAGCUCUGUUUACUUUGGCAACCACACCAUCCUGCACAUUUCUCAACCAAACAAACCAACCCCUUUCCACACCAGACACAAUGGACUUCCUCAGCAAGGUCGCCGGCGAGGCCCUCAAGCCCCAGCAGUCUGCCCAGCAGCAAGAACAGCAGCAACCUCAGCAGACUCAGACCAGCGGUGGCCUCCUCGGCUCCAUUGUCUCUGCUGCCACUCAGUCUACCCAGCCUGUUACCAGCAACACCCAGCAGCAGCCACAACAGACCCAGACCAGCGGUGCCUCUGGUCUGCUCGGCUCACUCGUCUCCAGCGCCACCCAAUCCACUCAGAUCACCCAGCAACAGCCCCAGCAGCCACAAUCCGGUGCCGAUGCCCUCCUCAACAAGCUCCACGGCGUUGUAGGCGGCGGUCCCGAGUCCGAGAAGAAGGAGGAUGCUCUUGACAAGGCUAUCGACCUCGUCCAGGAGCACGUCUUCAAGGCCGGUCCUCAGACCAACGAGUCCGCCGCCGAGCAGGCCAAGGACAAGUUCAUCGCCGACACCAUCCGUGACGGCUACGAGAAGGCCACCGGCAAGGACUUCCCCAUUGCCGCCAAGGAGGAAGAGAACAAGAUCACCGCUGGUCUCGGCGGCCUGGCUGGCAAGCUCUUCAAGUAAAUUUUGUUCUCUGAUCAAUCAGCAUGGGCUGAGAGUAUAUACCAUUCACGAUUUAUGACUUUAAUAUAAUGAUUAUACCCCAUUUUCCCUCCCUACUCAGGCUCAACCGGCCAAUCCAUCCCCAACCGUUUCCUCACCUCCUCAUCCUCAAUCUCAAACACCUUCUCCUCCGGCACCAACCCCAUCUCCUUCAACACCCCCACCGUUACCUCCGGUCUCUCAUCAAUCACUCUUUUCAACUCUCUCGCCUUGUCAGUAACAUCCUCAAUCUUCUUCACCAUCCCGACCCAUCUCUCACAGACCUCCCCGCCCGGAAUCCCAAUCUGGAUACUCCUGUACCCCAACCUCUCCAUCUUGACAUCCCUCUCCGGAUCCCACUGUAUCCUUACACCCCCCAGCUUCUUCCCCCCUUGAUCUCCCUUCUCCUCUGGGCUUCGGUGGGAAACCACACCAUGGGAAAGCAGCCAAAGGAAAUCCUCGUGUGACAUUGUGAGCGCCAGAAUGCGGGAUUGGUUGGCGUCUUUGAACGAGUAGCCAGAGCGGUAGAGCAUCCAGGCCCAGGAGGGCUUGAUCCAGGUCAUGCGAG